AUGAGCCAAGAAAAGAUAGACCCCGCCAGCUUCUACUUCCAGUAUCAGGGCCACCCGAUCUCCGACAUCUCCACCUUCCACUCCAUCACGCUCUCCCAAAGACCAAAUAAACCCAUCGUCUACCUAGCCGGCGACUCCUCACUGGACAACAAACACUGGAUCUCCCCCCCUUUCCUCGAACCGCUACCUGAAGGCAUCCGCGUCCCUUCCAUCUACCACUCUACCUUCUCUCAACCGUGGCCGAAGCCCGAUAUAGCAUUCUGGCUGAACCACUUCUUCGGCUCCGACGCCACAGCUCUAAACUGUGCCGUUGAAGCAUCGACGCUAAAGGACCGCGGAGAGGGGAAAGGGUUACUGGAACACGAUGUAUUUGUCCGCGAUCACAUCUCUGCAAAUGAUAUCCUCAUCGUCUCGAUCGGCGCCAAUGACAUUGCGCUGAAACCGACUUUCGCCACUAUAUGCCACAUGUUACGGCUCGCGUGGCUGACGCCGCGCUUACUGCUGAACUCGUGGACGCUCACGCACUUUACCGAUCUGUUCAAAACGCAGGUGCAAGCGUAUGUUGAGAAGCUGGUCGAGAAGCAGAAGCCGAGAGCGGUGGUUGUGUGUAUGAUUUAUUAUCCGCUUGUAAGUUUAGGUGCAAACCAGCAGAGGAGUUGGGCGGAUCUGCCGUUGAAGCUGUUGGGGUAUAAUUUGUGGCCGCGGCAGUUGCAGACGGCGAUUGGGAGGAUGUAUGAGCUGGGUACGAAGAGGGUUGUCGUGGAAGGGGUGAGGGUUGUGCCGUGUGCGCUGUAUGAAGUUUUGGAUGGGAAGGAGGCGGGGGAUUAUGAGGAGAGGGUUGAGCCGAGUGUUGAGGGGGGGAGGAAGAUGGCGGCGUUGUUGAAGGGGAUUGUGGAUGAGUUUGUUAGUGAGGAAGAUGAUGUGGGGUAUAGAGAUGACAUUUGA